AUGCUCAUGUACCCACGUAAGGGUCUCAUCACCGAUCCAUACAACCCUGAAGAGUGCUUGAUACAAGACGACCAAUAUCUCGAAGCUCUCCACAACGACCCUCAGUUGCAACCGCAGGACUUCCUGCAACAAUCGUGCCUCCAGCCCUCAGUGUCGCUGCAAGCUAAUCGGCAAUUCGAUCCCACCUCGCUGACACAAUUCGCAUCGCCGCCCUCCUCCUCACCUUCCUCGCCCACCUUCUCCUCGCCGACCUUCUCCAUUCCCUAUCCUCCCACGACCGCGGCCGACAGCCAGUCUUUGGGGGCUCCUUCAAUGACCCCAGCGUCCUCCUACAAUCCGUCGUUUGACACUCAAGCCUCCGCCUCGCCCGCAUCGCAGCAAUAUCUUUCUCAGUACCAGCCCUACUACGCACCCAUGUUGGCGCACCAGCAACCGAUGGCCAGCGGUCAGAGCUGGGACAGCAACCUUCAGCUUCUCACCCCAGCUCGUGUCCCAUACUCUCACAAAACCUCUCCGCUGCCUUCCUCGAACCAUUCCGCACCUUCUGGGCCAGCUUCGAGUAAUGGUCACCGUCGGUCCGACAGCUCUGCAAAGCCUCUACCAACACCCGCACAGACUCCUGUUCAGGCCCAAUUCAUGACCGCUCCAUAUGCAAAUUACGAAACCCCCUCGUGGGACGCCAACACGGCAGAGUCGGAGUCGGCGAUGAGGAAAGCGAUUAUGGAGCAGCAGCAGCAAAAUCAGCACACGUCUCCCACGCAGCAACAGCAGCAGGGCGAUUACUCAUUAGCGCCCUCCGUGUCUACCGUCAGCCAUAACUCUCCCGUUACCCCCCAGACCAACUUGGAUGAGUUGGAGGACACCAAGACGAUGACGAAUGGUGAGGCGCUCUAUGAUCCCGGGUCAGAUUCCCGCUGUAUGUUCCACUUACUUACCGAGCCUUUAGAUUACGCGGGAAACAACGCAGGCAUGGUCGGCGUCCCCAAGCUGAACCGCACCAUGUCCGACAUCUUCCAGGAUGAGCUCUUUAACCCGACGAUCAUCACCAACCCUCAGCCAGCGGUCAAGCCUGCGAAUUCCCACCUGGUGAAUCCACGGAGCAUGAUGGCCGACCGGUUGCAGGCUGCCAACCAGGGCCAUCUGUCCGCUCGGUCCGGAUCGCCUGUCCUGGGCAUCAAGCGUGAGCGCUCGCCGUUCCGCCAUACCUCGCCUUUCGCGGGGGAUCUCCAGAUGGCAACUAGCGUCCCCAUGCCGCAGAACCUGAUGAGCAUGGCGCCCGCCGCUAAUCAGACGGAGCUGAAAACUAUGUCUCCCAAGGACGCGGUCUUGGAUCUCGAUGAGGGGUCUGACCCUUCCAUGCCCCCACUCUUCCCUCCGCAAUCGGCCGAUUUCAAUCUGGGCGACGCCCUCGGUCUCCGUCGCGAGAGUUCGGGGAAUAUGCGGUCUGCCUUGUCUACAUUGGACGUCUUCCCGGGACAGUAUGCGACUGUCCAGAACCCUCAGUACAGUUUCCCUCAACCCCGUCCGCAAGCCAGCCUCUUGCAACAGACUCCUGAGUUCCCCACCGGUCUUCCUCGCCUGGAGUCGACAGGGAGCGACUUGCAGUCAGGUUCCUUGACACCGCAGGCGAAGCUCCCCGUGAACGAGAGCAUCACUCGGCCGAACAACACGACCUCGGACAGCGGUACCUACACGUGUACCUACCACGGUUGCACGCUGCGAUUUGAGACGCCCGCCAAGCUCCAGCGACACAAGCGCGAGGCUCACCGUCAAACCACCCCUGGCGGUCACCUGAUCGCCCGAGAUGCCUCUCUGCGCAACUCCCAGGCUGGCCCGCACAAGUGCGAGCGGAUCAACCCGUCUACUGGCAAACCUUGCAACUCUAUUUUCUCUCGCCCUUACGAUCUGACCCGCCACGAGGACACUAUCCACAAUGCUCGCAAGCAGAAGGUGCGGUGUCAUCUGUGCACCGAAGAGAAGACAUUCAGCCGGAAUGAUGCCUUGACCCGACACAUGCGUGUGGUGCACCCCGAAGUGGACUGGCCCGGCAAGCAACGACGUCGGGGAAGGGAUUGA